CAGGAGCCAGUGGUCCUGAGCCUUCUGAAGUUAGGAUUCUGCCUGGCGGUGGGAAUCCUGACACCAAGGAUGGGACAGCCCAGAUGGAGGUUCCUGGGGCCUGGCCCCCAGCACUAUGAAGAGCCCUUGCUGAGGCCAUGAGGGGUUAUCAUGGCGACCGAGGCAGCCAUCCCCGCCCAGCCCGCUUUGCCGACCAGCAGCAUAUGGACGUGGGCCCCGCUGCCAGGGCUCCAUACCUGCUGGGCUCCGGGGAGGCCUUCUCCACCGAGCCCCGCUUCUGUGCCCCAAGAGCUGGCCUGGGACACCUUUCUCCUGAAGGGCCCCUGAGCCUGAGUGAGGGACCAGCGACAGGCCCCGAGGGAGGGCCGGGAGGGGCCGGGGUUGGGGGGGGUAGCAGCACCUUCCCCAGGAUGUACCCUGGCCAGGGCCCCUUCGACACCUGUGAAGACUGUGUGGGCCACCCACAGGGCAAGGGUGCCCCCCGCCUGCCUCCCACACUUCUGGACCAGUUUGAAAAGCAGUUGCCCGUUCAACAAGAUGGCUUCCACACGCUGCCAUACCAGCGAGGGCCAGCGGGGGCCGGGCCCGGGCCAGGGUCUGGCACUACCCCGGAGGCCCGCAGCGAGAGCCCCAGCCGCAUCCGGCACCUGGUUCACUCUGUGCAGAAGCUGUUUGCCAAGUCCCACUCUCUGGAGGCGCCAGGGAAGCGGGACUAUAAUGGGCCCAAGGCUGAGGGCAGAGGUGGCUCCGGCGGAGACAGCUACCCUGGCCCGGGCUCUGGAGGCCUCCACACCUCCCACCACCACCAUCACCACCACCACCACCACCACCAGUCCCGGCAUGGCAAGAGGAGCAAGAGCAAGGACCGCAAGGGGGAUGGACGGCAGCAGGCCAAGGCCGCGGGCUGGUGGAGCUCCGACGACAACUUGGACAGUGACAGCGGCUUCCUGGCCGGUGGGCGGCCCCCUGGGGAGCCUGGUGGUCCCUUCUGCCUGGAGGCUCCAGAUGGGUCCUACCGGGACUUGAGCUUCAAGGGGCGCUCGGGCGGGUCGGAAGGCCGCUGUCUCGCCUGCACUGGCAUGUCCAUGUCACUGGACGGACAAUCGGUCAAGCGGAGUGCCUGGCAUACCAUGAUGGUCAGCCAGGGCCGGGAUGGAUACCCAGGGGCCGGGCCAGGCAAGGGGCUCCUGGGUCCGGAGGCCAAGGCCAAAGCCAGGACUUAUCACUAUCUGCAGGUGCCGCAAGAUGACUGGGGGGGUUACCCCACUGGGGGCAAGGACGGGGAGAUCCCCUGCCGCAGGAUGCGGAGCGGCAGCUACAUCAAAGCCAUGGGGGAUGAGGAGAGUGGAGACUCAGAUGGCAGCCCCAAGACAUCUCCCAAAGCGGUCGCCCGGCGCUUCACCACCCGCCGCUCCUCCAGCGUGGACCAGGCCCGGAUCAACUGCUGUGUCCCACCCAGGAUCCACCCCCGGAGCUCCAUCCCUGGCUAUAGCCGUUCCCUCACCACCGGACAGCUCAGCGAGGAGCUGAACCAGCAGCUGGAGGCCGUGUGCGGGUCCGUGUUUGGGGAGCUGGAGUCCCAGGCCGUGGACGCCCUGGACCUGCCCGGCUGUUUCCGCAUGCGGAGCCACAGCUACCUCCGGGCCAUCCAGGCCGGCUGCUCUCAAGACGAUGACUGCCUGCCCCUCCUUUCUACCCCUGCCUCUGUCUCAGGGAGGCCCGGCUCCUCCUUCAACUUCAGAAAGGCCCCGCCCCCCAUCCCACCGGGAAGCCAGGCCCCGCCCCGCAUCUCCAUCACCGCCCAGAGCAGCACCGACUCCGCCCAUGAGAGCUUCACCGCGGCGGAGGGCCCAGCCCGGCGCUGCAGCUCCGCCGACGGGCUGGACGGCCCGGCCAUGGGCGCGCGCACCCUGGAGUUGGCGCCGGUGUCACCCCGGGCCAGCCCCAAGCCCCCCACACUCAUCAUCAAGACCAUUCCAGGCAGGGAGGAGCUGCGGAGCCUGGCGCGGCAGCGGAAGUGGCGGCCGUCCAUCGGGGUGCAGGUGGAGACUAUCUCAGACUCGGACACGGAGAACAGGAGUCGAAGAGAGUUCCACUCCAUCGGUGUACAGGUGGAAGAAGACAAGAGGCGGGCGAGGUUCAAGCGCUCCAACAGUGUGACAGCCGGCGUGCAGGCCGACCUGGAGCUGGAGGGCCUGGCCGGCCUGGCCCCCGUGGCCACAGAAGACAAGGCCCUGCAGUUCGGACGCUCCUUCCAGAGGCACGCCUCUGAGCCCCAGCCCGGGCCCCGGGCCCCCACCUACUCAGUCUUCCGCACGGUCCACACGCAGGGCCAGUGGGCCUACCGCGAGGGCUACCCACUGCCGUAUGAGCCGCCGGCCACCGAUGGGUCGCCCGGCCCCGCCCCUGCCCCUACCCCCGGCCCCGGGUCCGGGCGCCGUGACUCCUGGAUGGAGCGCGGCUCACGUAGCCUCCCCGACUCAGGCCGCACGUCCCCCAGCCCACGGGAUGGCGAGUGGUUCAUCAAGAUGCUGAGGGCGGAGGUGGAGAAGCUGGAGCACUGGUGCCAGCAGAUGGAGCGCGAGGCGGAGGACUAUGAACUGCCGGAGGAGAUCCUGGAGAAGAUCCGCAGUGCCGUGGGCAGCACACAACUUCUCCUGUCCCAGAAGGUUCAGCAGUUCUUCCGGCUGUGUCAGCAAAGCAUGGACCCCACUGCGUUCCCCGUGCCCACCUUCCAGGACCUGGCGGGUUUCUGGGACCUCUUGCAGCUCUCUAUCGAGGAUGUUACCCUCAAGUUCCUGGAGCUACAGCAACUCAAGGCCAACAGCUGGAAACUCCUGGAGCCUAAGGAGGAGAAGAAGGUCCCUCCGCCGAUACCAAAGAAGCCCUUGCGGGGCCGGGGCGUGCCGGUGAAGGAGCGCUCCCUGGACUCGGUGGACCGGCAGCGGCAGGAAGCGCGCAAGCGGCUCCUGGCGGCCAAGCGCGCCGCCUCCUUCCGCCACAGCUCGGCCACCGAGAGCGCCGACAGCAUCGAGAUCUACAUCCCCGAGGCCCAGACCAGGCUGUGACCGGCCCGGCCCGCCCAGCCCGGGCCCGGGCCCGCGGUUUUCUACCCGUACUGUACACCCAGCGUCGAGGUCACUGUGAACGCGGGCUGCCCCGUGCGCCCGCCCCGCCGGCACCGCACGCCCCGGCCCCUCCUGCCCGUCACGGUCUCGUGGGUUUUUUACCUUCCCGACCCCACGCGAAGGCGCCCGGGCUGGGCUGGGGGCCGUGCCUCUCCGCCCUGCGCUCCCACCGGGACCCCCCACCUUCCAGGUCCGACGCUUCGUCCCCACCUCCUCCCCACGGGCACCAUCUCUGCCAUUACCCCACGGGCCAGGCCGGGCCGGGUCCCCCAUCUGGGCUCUGCGUCCCCCCCACCCCGCGGGGCUGGGCUUCGUGGGGAAUCAAGCUUCGUGGCUUUUUAUGAAGACUCCCGAACCCCGCCUAGGAGCCCGCCCCACCCUCCCAGGGGCUCUACCCUCAGCCCUCAGCCCACCGGGCCCAGGGACCACAGUGGCUGGACCAACCCAGGACCAGGGCGCCUGGGCCUCUCCCCUUUCCCAGCUGCUGGGGAGGGGAGAUGGGGGCUUCCCCUCACCACACCUGUGGCUGUUCCCACAUCCCCUUGAG